GGGAGGGGAGGGAACUCAACGCACAAAACUAGAUAUGAUAACACUCUGUUGUUGAAUCUCUUCAAUCUGCAGAUAAUAAUGCAAGUCAUGGCUCUUCAACUCCGCCACUUCCCACUGUCCUCCUCUUCCUCUUCUUCGUCUUCUUCGUCUAUCGAACGCAACUGCAAAGCGCCUCGCUUCCGCCAUCUGCCCCUUCCCAGUUAUGCCCCUCACCAACAUCUUCAUCUUCCAAGUACCCGCAAUCCACGAAUUGUCGCCUGCGUUGGCAAGGAAGACACCCAAUUACGUCAAUCAUCAUCUACAGAUCAACACCCAGACGCCCAGGACCUUGAAUACGUUCGUCAAAUUCAAAGGGUUCUGGAGCUUCUCAAGAAAAACAGAGACAUGCUCUUCAAUGAGGUAAAACUUACCGUAAUGAUUGAAGACCCCCGGGAAGUUGAGCGCAGGAGAUUGCUUGGAAUUGACGACGAUGAUGCCCCAACAAGGGAUGAUUUAGCUGCCACUCUCGAAGAAGUCAAUGAAGGAAAGUUCCCAAAAAACCGAGUAGCUCUUCGGAUGCUUGCUGAAGAGAUGAUCAACUGGCCUAAUUUGGAGGUUGAGGCACCCACGAAGAAAGAGAGACGCAGUAAAUCUUUAUAUGCAAAAGCCACAGACACUGGUGUGGAUCCUCUUGUGGCUGCCAAGAGACUAAACAUUGAUUGGGACAGCGCAGCCGAGAUAGAAGAUGCCGACUUGAGUGAGGACCCAGAAGUGCCGGCCGCUGUGGGAUAUGGAGCACUGUACAUGGUGACAGCGUUUCCAGUGAUAAUUGGCAUCUCAGUAGUCCUAAUCCUUUUCUACAAUUCUCUUCAAUAAUCAAUAGUGCUUCUUAAAUGUGGCUGCAAGGGUUUAGUUUGUACCUUUCACGAGAGUUCAUUAUGUAUUCAAGUAAGGAGGACCAGAAUUAGUUAUCAAUGUUUGGAUGAAUUUAUGAGGUGAACCGCGUCUUUAAGUCUCCCUCUUGUACUCACUUUUUAUCAAUGGCAUAAUAAUCUUUCAGAAA